AUGAAGUCCUGGCUGCCUAUCCCGCCCCGGUCGCACUUUUCGCUGCUGAACAUUCCUUUCGGGGUGAUAUCGAGCAAAGAUAAGCAUGUACACAGACCCGCCAUCGCCAUCGGGGAACACAUCCUCGACCUUGACGCUUUUGCUACGGGCGGAGGCUUCAGUAAAGCAGCAAACGUGUCUUCCGAGCUCGCGAAAGCGUUCUCACAGCCAACCCUGAACGCCUUUGCAGAACUCGGGCGACCUGUGCAUCGUGCCGUCCGCUCCUAUCUGCAGGAGAUAUUCCUCAACGACACGCCCCACCCGGACGUGUUGAAGGAUAAUGAAAGCCUCAGAAAGGCGGCUUUGAGACCCAUUUCAGAGGUGUCCAUGCACCUCCCCUUCGCCAUCGGAGAUUACACAGAUUUUUUCGCUGGCAGAAAUCAUGCUCACAACGUCGGUGUUCUGUUCCGUGGACCAGCCAACGCCCUUCAGCCGAACUACAGCCAUCUGCCCGUCGCCUACCACGGUCGUGCAAGCUCAGUCGUGGUCUCUGGAACACCCCUCAGGCGGCCAUGGGGACAGGCGCUGCCGGCUCCUGGCGCGACCGAGCCCGUCUUCCGGCCAUGUGCGCGCCUCGAUAUUGAACUCGAGAUGGGCAUGUUCAUCAGCAAGCCAAAUGACCUCGGUAGUCCGGUGUCUGUAAAAGAUGCUGACGAGCACAUCUUCGGCUACGUCUUGAUGAACGACUGGAGCGCAAGAGAUAUCCAGCAAUGGGAAUACGUGCCCCUUGGUCCGUUCAACGCGAAGAACUUCGGAACCACGAUUAGCGCCUGGGUUGUGCUUGCGGACGCACUCGAACCAUUCAGAAUAAAAGGUCUGGAGAAUGAAGUCCACUUGCAGAAGUACCUCCAAGAAGGCCGGACCGAUAACGUUCUUGAUAUCAAGUUAGAAGUCUCUCUUGCUCCAUCAGAAGGCGAGAAAAUAACCAUCACUCGCACAUCUGCCAAGAAUCUUCUCUGGUCCUGGCCGCAGAUGGUAGCUCAUCACUCAAUCUCUGGCUGUAACCUUCGUGCUGGAGACCUUCUCGGUUCCGGUACCAUUUCAGGGGACGAAGCAGGUACGCAGGGAAGCUUGCUGGAGCAGUCACAGGGGGGCAAAACUCCAAUCAAGCUGAAAGGAGGGCAAGAGCGGAAGUUCAUUCAAGACGGCGAUACGGUAGUUAUUCGAGGCUGGGCUGGCGAACAGGAUGGUCAAUUAGUUGGAUUCGGAGAGUGUGUCGGUCAAAUACUGCCUCCUAUUUCGAUGUGA